CGAAAUGACAUGUCAAGUUGUGAAAUAACCGGAAGUAAACGCGUUUCUAAACAAUAAACUUAUACAAAUGAUUUAAAGUGAUUUAAUGUAUUUUAAAAUUUAUUUUCAUACAAUAGUGUCUGUUUAUUAUGUAUAGAAUAUGUUUUAUUUUUCUCGUGUUCAUUACGCAAGAUUGUUCAUCCCAAGAGGAAGAUGAAGGUCCGUACAAAGGCAAACACAUAGGAAAACUCAAUUCGUAUCACCACCAGGUGUCUGGUGAUGUGUAUGCAGUGGAUGAUUGGACACUGUUGUUGGUAGACUUUAACUAUGAUGGCACAGGAGAUGACACCUUCUUCUGGGCUGGGGACUCAGGCCGACCAGGGCCACUUGGCUUUAUUGUGCCUGAUCAGUACGGGAAAACGAACAUCCUGGAGCGGUACAACAAUGAGGAGAUCCGGCUGAAGCUGCCGGACGGCAAGCGCGUGUCGCGCAUCACGUGGUUCGCGGUGUACGACCUGGCGUCGCAGAGCGCGUUCGGCGACGUGUACGUGCCCGAGGAGUUCUCCGCGCCCGCGCCGCGCGCCCUCACCCCGCUCACGCCCGCGCCCGCCGCGCAGGAGCGCGUCUCCAGCAAGCCCGUCAUUGUCGAGGACGCCUCCACCAUACUCAUCCCAGAGUUCCACUUCCAGGCGGGAAGCGACGAGGUGUACUUCUGGAUGGGCGUCGGGCCGCAGCCGUCCGCGCGCGGCACCGUCAUACCCGACGAGGACGGGUACCUGGAGCCGCUGCGCUCGUACGGCGGCGCGGACGUGCGCCUGCGGCUGCCGGGCGGCCGCACCGUGUUCGACGUGGACUGGGUGGCGCUGUGGGAGCCGCGCGCCGGCGCCGCGCUCGCCGCCGCGCUGCUGCCCGACGCGCUCAACGUGCCGCCCGCCGCGCGCCGCCUGCACCCGCACCGGUCCCAACUGCCGCACUGCAAGCAGCUCCACCGCGACUUGCAGGUGUCGUGGGAAGUUUUCGGCAACCAGAUCACUAUCCAACUAGCUGGCAUGAUCGGCGCGAACGAGUACAUGGCGUUCGGCAUCUCGGGGUCGGACAGCCGCUCGCAGAUGGAGGGCGCCGACGUGGCCGUGGCCAGCUUCGACGCGGCGCUGCAGCGCGGGGACGCGCCCGACUACAACGUCACCGCCCCCGCGCCCUGCGUGCAGGUGCUGGGCCAGUGGCGCGGCGUGUGCCGCGACGCGAGGAUCGGCGGCAGCGACGCCAACCAGGUGUUCAGCGCCUCGCGCCAGGACGGGCUCACCGUCGUCUCCUUCCGCCGCCAGCUGCAGCCCUCGGAGGAGAUGGACAAGGAGUGGCGCACGGACCGGUCGAUGUUUGUGGUGUGGGCGGUGGGCCCUCUGGACCACGUGCGCGAGCCCGCCUUCCACCGCCUGUACCCGCGCGCCGAUGUGCAGCUCGUGCUGGCGCGCGCCGCCGCCGACUCCGACUGCGUGCCCUUCGUCAUGUCGAGCGAGAAGGCGCCGGCGGGCUGGGAGCGCGCCGCGCUGUUCGACCCGGCGCUGCGCGUGUUCGACGUGCGGCUCGGGCCCGCGGGCGGCGCGCGCGGCCUGGCCGCCCGCCGCCCCGCCGCGCCCGCCGCUGCGCUCUACGUCAACGGCCAGCUCGCGCCCGACCUGCAGCUGCGCCGCGGACUCGCCUACACGUUCCGCGUGUGGACGGGCGACGACCCGCACUCGGCCACGCUGUACCACCCGCUGGUGCUGACGAGCGAGCCGCACGGCGGGCUGGAGCGGCUGGCGGACGGCGAGCAGCGCGCGGCGCGCGUGCUGGCGGGCGCGCGCCACACGCGGCGCGGCCGCCUCAGCCCCGCCGCCGCCGGCCCGCUCUGCCGCGCCGACCUCGACCCCGGCGCGGACCGGCGGCGCGACGCGUGGGACUCGUUCCGCGCCUUCAACCGCUCGCUGCGCUGGAGCUGCGCGCGCGCGCCGCCCGCCGAGCUCACCGUCACUCCCAACUCCACGUGGCCUGACCUCGUCUACUACCACUCCUUCACGCACUUCGACAUGGGCGGGCGCAUCUUCAUAGUGGACCGCCAUCGGCGCAACAUCGCGCGCUCGCACGCACACACGCACGCGCACACACACGCACUCGCCCUCUCGUCGGUGCUCGCGCUUGUGUGCAUGCUCUCAGCUCAGUGAUUACACACACAUAUUGAUUGUGACUAUUCUAGUACGGUCUAACUG